GGGAAUGGCACCAGGAGCGCAGCUAGAGAAAAUAGAAGCUUUGUGUUUAAACACUUCAAUUCAACGCUUACCGACUGGAAGUUGAUUGGAAGAAAACAAAUGACAGGCGCUGACCAAGCGCUGAGAUAUACCCCUAUUGAUGUCCUCUACACAGAGGACAACUUGCGGACCACCAUGGAUCUGCUUAGAAAUACUACCAUCGAGGAAGUAAAACAAAAGGCAACAGCAGAAAUGCUCAAGAAGGUUGGGGUGCUCUACCACUAUCUGUCACAAAUGCCAUUUUGGUCCAAAGUUUAUCUGGUAUGGACUCAAGGCAAGGAGGACACCCGUGUCCCCCGCCGCGUCUCCGACUCUGCAAAUGCCCCGAUGGUUCGUCAUCAAGCUGUCCGGCCAAUAGUUGUUGUAUCUACCAAAGGCAGCCUCAUCAUGGAUACGCUGGAUUCAAAGCUGGAAGCAGACCUCGCGGGAGCGAGACUCAUACUAGAAGAGGAAGAAGAAGAAAAAAGAAUCGACAAAAACGUCCAAAACGAGGGACGUCCAGACAUCCCGUGGUACACUAUGGAUGAUGGUGACCUAAUGUCGAAGGUUCUUGCCUUGCAGCAGGACAUGCAGGAGCAGACGGCCAAUAACGUUGCCUUGCAGCAGCAUGAGAAAACAGGUGGCCGAGGGGGCAGAGUCCUUCUGGACAUAGCUCGAAACAAGCUGGCGAUGAUUUGUGGCUUUGUGAGCAAUAUGGCCAAGCAGGCAUUGGCCGCUCUCAAUUCAAAAGACCGACAGCAUUGGCUACCCAUUGUCAGCCGACCUACAGCACUCCAUUUGCUGUUGCACCGGAAUCGUGUUAGGGACCGCGGCGAUUGGGCUGCCCACACCUCGGCAAAGGACGACAUGAGUCAAAGUAUCCUAGUCUUGAAAGCAGGCCCAGAACGGGACGAUAUGACCUUCAUCUUUAGAGCCGUGUUUGAUGGUGGGGAUCCGGUUCAAAAAGGAUUCACCGGUGACCCGAUGGACGGCUAG